AUGCUGAAGGAACUUGAAUCCCCUGUGAAUGAUAUUAUAGAGGAAUAUAGCCUCAGUACCCAAGAUGUGUCUCUUCUAUGUCAGUGGACAGGAGAUGCUCCGAUGCGCUCCGAUGAUCUCGUGCACCGCCAGUUUAGCUCUGUCUCCAAUCGCUAUGGAGAUAAGACAGCUGUUUGUGCUUGGGAUGGCGAGUUGACAUAUAGUCAGCUGGAUGAACUAUCCUCCCAACUUGCAUGGCACCUCCAAGCACUCGGCGUAGGGCCAGAAAUUUUCAUCCCAAUUUGUUUGGAAAAGACACACUUGGCAGUAGUGGCAGUACUGGGUGUCAUCAAGUCCGGUGGUGCAUUUGUCCUUCUGGAUCCUUCUCAUCCUACUGAGCGUUUGAAGGAAGUGUAUAAAGAUGUCCAAGCCAGGGUCAUGAUCACAUCAACACAUCAAGAGAUUCCAUUGGCCACUCAACGUUUGGCAGCCACUAUUAUCGACAUCACAGAUCCAAGUUCUAAAUGGCGACAUAGUUCUACACCCAGAACACCUCCAGCCUCCUCUGUCCAGUCAACUAAUGCGGUAUGGUGUGCUUUUACAUCAGGGUCAUCUGGCCGACCAAAAGGAGUGGUCAUUGAGCAUGUCGCUUUCUGUUCUUUGACGGCAACUUAUAUCGAAAAAGCCCGUUUAACGCCCUACUCACGAGUUUUACAGUUUGCAUCCUUCGCUUUUGAUGCUUGCAUAACCGACAUCCUAGCCACCCUGCUAGCAGGCGGCUGUGUCUGUGUUCCGUCAGAGAGGGAACGUCGUGAAGAUCUUGGGAAUGCAGCAACGCGCAUGCAAGUCAACUGGGCAAACUUGACCCCAACUGUCUUUCGCACAAUGGUGCCUCCGGAUUUCCCAACCCUACAAACCGUUAUUCUUAGUGGCGAGCCUAUGUCGAUACGGGAGGUACGCGUCUGGCAAGAUAAUGUCCACUUGAUGAAUGUCUAUGGCCCAGCAGAAGGCUGUGUGAAGUUUACUCUGCAACCCUCUAUUACAUCCCAAUCUGAUUUGCGCAAUAUCGGCUAUCCUAUGGCAGGUGAUUGUUGGGUUGUUAAUCCAUCAGACCACAAUAAGCUCGUCCCAAUUGGGGCAGUUGGGGAGUUGAUUCUUGGAGGGCCAAGGAUUGGUCGGGGGUAUAUCAACAACCCUGCCGCAAACACAGCGUCCUUCAUAACUGAGCCCCCACCAUGGUUGAAGCAGUUCCGAGAGCACACAGAUGGAACUCGUCUAUAUAAAACCGGUGAUCUCGUCAGCUAUGCCGCAGAUGGCUCUUUAUGCUUUAUUGGUCGAAAGGACCUUCAGAUCAAGAUCCGCGGGCAGCGAGUGGAGACCAGCGAAAUUGAAACCAUUAUUCAGCAAUUAUUUCCACUAGCAAAGGGUGUGAUUGUCGAACUAGUGUCAAGCCAGGAGGAGAGCUCUCCAAAAGUUCUCACGGCCUUCAUUGAGGUCAAACAUGAUGGAUGUGGUGAUAUCCCCUGUCAAAGCUCCGAGAAAAGCCUUUUUGCUGUUCCCUGUGGCGAGCUUCAACGAUCUCUGGUAAUGUUGGAGCAGAAGCUACGAAAUUGGCUCCCAGUCUAUAUGAUUCCGGCGCGAUUACUGAUAGUUCGGCUUUUACCCUCAACCGCAUCCGGUAAAACAGAUCGUCGAAAAUUACGCGAGCAAGCGUCGAUUCUGAGCCUUGAAGAGCUUGCGCUGUUCACUAGCGGAAGUCAACACCAACGGCAGCUACCUUCCACGCCAGCAGAAGAGGUGGUGUGGCAGGUAUGUGCCGAAGUCCUAAAGCUUCCUGCGGAGAGCAUUGGGAUGAAUGAUUCAUUCUUCCACCUUGGUGGUGACUCAAUCCUUGCCAUUCAACUUGCAUCAAGGGCCCGUCAGAAGGGUACUAUAUUCAAAGUUAUGGAUAUCUUCCAAAGUCCAAGGCUUAUUGACCUAUCGAACAUCGCAUGCUACAGUCAAGUCCUACAGGGGUGCCCUGACCCACAAACUACCCUACAGGCUCCAUUAAUAAUGCCAGUCGCACUAGAAGAUGUCUUAGCCAACAUUCCCGCAUCUUCCCGCCAUAUACUAUACCCCGAAAAUGUUCACCGCAUCCUUCCAGUGACUGAUGGUCAGCGUCUUAGACUUCACGAACCCUGCAAGUAUUUUAUUCUCCGCAUCUGUGGCAAUAUCGAUAUAGAUCAGCUGAAUGCCACAUGCCAAGCUUUAUUGAGACGACACGAAAUCUUGCGGUCAGUCUUCCGGAACCACAAUUCUAUGUGGGUACAGAUAGUGUUAAAGCACCUUGAACUACACCUCGUGCGGUACAAAACUGAUGCUGAUCGGGACCUAUUAUCCUUUGUUAAGGAUAUCUGCGAGGAAGAUGAAAUUGCAAUCCCUCCACUUGAUGUCCCGCUCGCCUAUUUCUCUUUUGUUCAAGGCCAUGAUGAUAGCGCCUUUCUCAUACUUCGCCUCUCUCACGCGCUGUACGAUGGAUAUUCUUGGGGGAUCAUUUCCAAAGAUUUGAAGCACUUAUAUGACAACCUUGCAUUAAGCGAACCAGUUCCAUACUCGGUCCAUAUGGAGCAAUGGGCUCGGGCCCAGGUCGAUAAGAAUUCCUUGGAAUUUUGGCAAAGAUAUUUGACAGGGUUUCGAAUGUCUCAUAUCGGAGAUAUUACCCGCACAGCUUCUGCUACAUUGACCAACUCUUAUAUGGUAGAAGCGGAAACCAAGAUUCCAUUCGUCGAGCCUCCUGCGGGUAUCACACUGGCAACCGUUGUGAAAGUUGCUUGGGCAUUGACCCUUGCUCGCUUCACUGGAAUAUACAAUGUAGCAUUUGGCUUAACUACCAGCGGGCGAAGCUUGGACUCCCUUGCCACCAAUGAAAUCGUUGGUCUUUGCAUGAACCGAGUGGCAGUUUGCAUUCAACCAGAUCUCAACCAGACUGUUCUAAAAUUGAUGGAGUCUGUCCAGCGUCAAUAUGCAGAGAGUCUGGCCUUUGAGUUAGUCGAGUAUUGUAACAUUGUGGAGGACACCAAAGAGUCCAUGUUUGGAAGCGUUCUGACCUUCCAGAAUACCCGUUUUCGACAAAAGGGCUUUGAACUUGGACAGGCCAAAUGCUCGUGGGUACCUUUGAGUAUUGGCUCCCUGAGAACCCGGAAUCAUGUUGAACUAGAGGUUCUCCCCGGUGAUAACGACUUGGAGAUUUGGUUAGGAGCACCAAACAUAAUUUGGGGACAGGACCGUGCGAACGAGAUUCUCCGGGUACUGAGCCGAUUUAUUCCUCUCCUGGCCGAGAAUGCAGAGGUACGGCUGUGUAACCUUGGAUUUUAG